AUGGAAGCGAAAACUGAAAAGAUUGAAAACGAUGAUAUUGUUAUUAUUGUGGAAAACGAAGCUGAGAGUUUGCCAGCAGAAGAGGAGAGGCUUAAGCAACUAGGAGCCUUUGGUCUGAUGGAUACUUGUCCCAUCUGCAAACUGAGCUUCCACAACAGAGAGCCCAAACUUCUUCCAUGUCUUCACUCCUUCUGCAAGAGAUGUCUUCCAGCCCCGCACAAAAACGCAGAGCCGAGGCGGGACCUACAGAUGCACCCGGACAACAACAAACCACUCGGUGCAAUCCUAUGUCCUGUAUGCAAGCAGGAAAGCUGGGAUAUUGACGUUUUGGAUAAUUUCUUUGUCAAAGACUCGGCAGAGGCACCGAGCAGCACUAUGGAAAAAAAUAGCCAGGUGUGCAUGAGCUGUGAAGACAACACAGAAGCGACUGGUUACUGCGUGGAGUGCGUCGAGUUUCUGUGUGUUACAUGCAUUGAGGCUCAUCAAAGAGUCAAGUUUACCAGGGAUCACACUAUUCGCCAAAAGCAAGACAUGACUCCAGAGUCCUUAGCUAUCUCUACACAGAAGCCUGUGUUUUGUGAUAUUCACAAACAGGAGCCUCUCAAACUCUUCUGCGAAACAUGUGAUCGACUUACAUGUCGAGACUGCCAACUCCUCAGACACAAGGAUCAUAACUACCAGUUUUUGGAAGAUGCAUAUAGAAACCACAAGCAAUACCUUGAACAUAUGACACAACAGUUGCAAGAGAAAAGAAAGACAAUUGAGGAAGUGUCCCACUACAUCACAAAUGGACUUCAACAAGUGGAAGAAAAUCGAAAAGGUGUCACCAAUGAAAUAAAGAAAUCUAUCUGCAACCUCAUAAUGGAGAUUAAUAGGAAAGGAAAGAUACUCAUUAAUCAACUUGAGGCACUAACAAAGGAUCACGAGUUGGGUUUGAAAAAGCAGCAAGACGAUGUUAACACUUUGAGCAAACACUUAGACCAUGUAAUAAGAUUCACCAAAUGGGCCACAGCCAGUCACAGCGGAACAGCUCUCCUUUACUGCAAAAGACUGAUCUUAUAUCAGAUUCAUUUUUUGAUGCGAUCAAACUGCAGCCCAUCGUUAAUCCCUCAGAGUUCAGUCCGAUUCCAGUGUCGCUCCGGGUUCUGGGCCACAAACGUAGAUCUUGGUACUCUGCUUGUGGAAAGAGUUAAUCCCAGACCCCCUCUGUCAAACCCCUCUGGCGGUCCCAGAAUGGAUGUGCCUCCUGGUGGGCUUUCAAUGUCAGCGCAGCAACGUCAGACUACUCUGGCUCAGCUCCAGAUGCAGGUGGACAAAAUCUCCCAACAGCCUCCUAGGCAGCCGGCUCCAAACCAAUGGUCCUGGUAUCCAAACAUGCGCCUCCCAGGACCCCUUGGUUCUCCAACAACUAGACCUGUUCAUGGAGGGUCUUCCCCAUCCCAAUCCGGGGCAGCACCCAGUCUAGCUCAGAUGGGACGAAGGUAUGGGGCAAGCCAGGCGACUACAAGGAGCCCCAACUCCACCAUGUUCAACAGCAACAGUUUUUCUGUGGCUCAGAGUGUGCCUCGGUACUCUCAGCCACUCCAAGCUGGUUCUGUAACACAGGCUGCACUACAUCAGCGAGGACAAUCAGAUUUUCUGAGGCGGAGUGAACCAGGUGCAUCCCUUCCUUCUGUGACAAUCUCAGUCCCCAAACCCAGUCUGUUAACAGCCCAGGCGCUCGGUACUGCCAAUCUCAAUACAGGUCAGGGAAUGCAAAAUACCCCAGUGAUCAAACCUUCUACAACAGACCGACAAACAGGAACCGUAUCCUGGAAGCCUGCAUCUGAGGCUUCUCCUGCAGCAAAACGUAGAAGGAAAUUGUCACCCGGACCAAUAAUAGUGAUCAAGGACGAGCCAGAAGAUGAGGAUGAAGUCAGCUUUGUGCGAUCUAAUGUACGAUCCAAUGCAGGCUCAAAUGUCGGCCCCAUCGUGGCAUCGAGUGUGGGUUCUAGUGUGGGCUCCAGUGUGGCAUCCACGGUGAGCUCAAAUGUAGGUCCCAUUGUGACAUCCAUUGUUGGCUCCAGUGUGGGCUCCAGUGUGGCAUCCACGGUGGGCUUGAAUGUUGGUCCCAUUGUGACAUCCAUCGUGGGCUCUAGCGUGGGUUCUAGUGAGCCCUCCAGCGUCCCCUUAAGCGUGAGGUCCAGUCUUCCCGACAGCAGCACCGCAGCAGAAUCUAAACCUCGGCCAGUGCAAAAGAACAACUCCACGUCUGUGAAAGUGUCUGUCCCACUCUCCAGUAAAGUCAAAGAACAGACCCGCCCUCAGACGGAGAAGGGUGCUGCCACAGAGGAUGACCCCAAUGAGGACUGGUGUGCCGUCUGUCAGAAUGGAGGAGAACUGCUCUGCUGCGAUAAAUGUCCCAAAGUCUUCCACCUCAACUGCCACAUCCCCACGCUCAACGAGUCCCCCAGUGGUGAGUGGUAUUGCUCCUUUUGCCGAGACUUGGAGACUCCUGAAAUGCAAUAUGUCUGUGACCGAAAAGAUGACCCUGGCUCAGAGAAGUUCCCUAACGAAGAUCGGCGGAAAUGUGAGCGGUUACUACUGCGCAUGUUCUGCAAUGACAUAAGCACAGACUUCCAGCAACCUGCUUCUCCAGCGGAGAGUCGAAAAUACAAGGAACUCAUCACAACGCCCAUGGAUUUGUCCAUUGUGAAGAAAAGGUUGGAGGCCAAGUCCUCUGACAGCGAGUGUUACUCCUGCCCUGAGGGUUUUGUUUCGGACAUACGGCUUAUAUUCACCAACUGUGCAAAGUACUACAAGGCCACUUCAGAGGUGGGAAGCGCUGGACUCUAUCUGGAGGAAUACUUUGAGGAGCAGCUGAAGCUUGUGUACCCAGACAGAGUGUUUCAUGGUGGGAGAGAGGAGGACAUGAUCCCCCCUUUGGAGGACGAGAUUGAAGAGGAAGAGCCAGACACAGAGGCAGAGAAAAGUGCCACAGUCAGUAGUGAUGCAUUAGAAAGUCAAACUGACAAAGAGGAUUCUAAAGGGGACAUGGCACCGAGGGUUGGAGAAGAAGAACAAGCUCCGAUUGAGGAUCAACCGGAUGAAAAUUCAAGCCCAACAAAUGAAUCUCUGCCGGAAAAAGAAACUCCUCCUUUAAUUGACAAAUCUACAGAAAUGGAAGCUAAAUCAGAUACUGAAAUGGAAGAUCUGCAAAUCACUCAAGAGGACGAGAACAAAGAAAAUGACAAAUUACUUCCAACUGAUGAGCUUGAGCAGAAUUCUUCAUUGCCCCUCACAGAAAACACAGAAAACACAGAGAAAUCAGAAACGGAACAGUCCAGUGACAUGAGUGCGUCACAAGAACAAGAGAACAAAAGUUCAGGCUAA